AUGAAAAAAAUUAAAUAGGAGAUGUCAGAAUACUUUAUCUCGAGACUCUAUAUUGUCUAGAGGUAAUAUAAAAGACCAAAAUAUUUAUCAUGCUUCUUGAUAAUAUUUAAAUGCUUAUUUUUGUUCCUGGCUAAUAUUAAGAAUCAGACAUAUCAAAGCUAAAUACAAAAAUCUAGUAGCGAUGGUUAGAUUUUAAAAGUAUUUAGUAUAAUUUUUGAAAAUGAAGAUUCCUUUUUUAUAUCAAUGCUGCUUCUUUCUUUGAACUCAAUAAUAAUACUGUUUUUCCUUUUAGACUUUGUUUUCUUUGUUUGGAAAAAUCCUAGUAUUUAAUAACAGGAAGAAAUUUACAAAAUAGUAUCUUUUGUAUUAUAAGUUUAUGAAUAUCUGUUUUUUAUUCCAACAUUAAGAUGGUCUAUUUUAGGAAAUAUCUCUAUAGAAAAAAUUAUUAAUAUAAUUCUUUCAAUUUUGUUAAUGAUACUAAUUGAAAUAAAUGACUUUGAUUUUAGGUACUCACAAAAUGUAGAUUUUCUUGCAAAAAGACGUUAGCUGUUGUCAUUUUUAAGAAUAUUUUUAUAUGCAAUUGGUCAUAUUGUUUUGCAGGCUACUAAUAAUCUAACUUUACCUUGUAUUUACAAUGGUUUAAUGCAUCUUUUAAAAGUUUUUUAUUACUGCUUUUACAAUUAAAUUAUUAGCAUAAAGGCAAAUUAACUAAUCAGUAUCAUGCACUGUCUAAAUAUCUCAUUAGCUUUUAGUUUAAGCUUUUAAAAUAUCAAAUAAGAUAGUUUUGAUUAUUUCAUUUGUUUUCUAUCAAUAUCGCCAGUUGCGAUAAUAAUUGGAUAUUCAGUGUCAAAUAUCACUCGAAUGCAAAUCUGUAAUUUAAAAAAUAAAUUCAAAAGCUUGUAAGAACUAAUAAAUGCUAAAUCUGAUUAAGUGAUUAAAAACAAAAACUUCAAAGAAGAAUUUAGUUGUGAUGAAAUCGAUAUUUUUUUAAGAGAUACAAACCAAAAAAUUAGAUAUUUAUAUGAUGAAUAUACAAACAGUUAAGACUCAAUUUUUUUAGAAUCUAUCAUACUCCAGCAUAAAGAAAAUUGCUCUCAACCUGAAAAAUGCUUCUGCAGCAAAGAUAGUAAUGCUGUUAAGGGAGGCGAGUAGUUCUUAGGAGCUGAAAUAAGAAAGCAAUUCAUGGCUGAGUACACACUGAAAUUAUACUAGUCACUUUUAAAUAAUCCCAGAAAGGAUUUAGAUUUUGCGCAUUUUAGCUACUUUGCGUAUUUGAUAGACCAGAUAAAAAAUUUUCGUUUCUUCUAUUCUGAAUUAAUUUAAUUAAAAAGAAAUAAAAACAUUUAAAAAUCAUUAAUUUACAAGUAAGCUGUAAAUUAUUUAUUUUAUUAUGCACCAAUCGAACUGUAAAAGGAAGAAUCUGCCAACUAAAAAUUAAACGAUUUAGUUGUUUAAAAAAAUAAAGCUGACGAAUCUACCAAAAUGUGCUUAUAUGAUAUUAUAUUAUUUGAUGAAUAAUAUACUCAAACUCUUUAGCUAAUGAAGGACAGUCUCUUGUUAAAAGCCAAUCUUAUUUAAAUUCUUGGAAAUAAUUUUGUGGAUUUAAAUUUACUUUACCAAACUGCAUCUUCGUUAAUUAAGUAAAAAAAUUUACUGUAUUCAUAACUUCUGUAAUUACAAGCAAAAAACGAAUGCAAUUAAGAACUUUUAAAUAUAUGUAACAUCUUUGAAAAAACUCUUUAAUUUAGCGAAAAGCUAAAUAUAUUCAAAAAGAAAAUAAAUAAAUUUAAUGUUAUCAAUAAACUACCAUUAAGAGGUGCAGAUUCUUGUGUAAUUUUUGUUUCUUUGAUGAACAAUUUUGGAAACAUUAUUAGAGUAUCAAAGAAUUUUCAAGAAGUAAUAACUUCACACACUAAUUAAGAAGUUAUAAACAGUAACCUCAGUGUUAUAAUUCCAAAUUAAAUUUAUGAAAUUCAUCAAUAAGAACUGAGACAUUAUUUAGAAAAACAAGAAAGUCGAGUUCAUAUAAGGAAUUUUCCAUUAUAAAUUGGAAGUUCAAAAGACGGAUGGGCUAUUCCCUUAAAUAUUAAAACUUAGUUUCAUCAGAUCGGCGAAUAAGAAAUAGGAGUUUCUGCAUGGAUAAGAAAGUAAGAAACUAACUCAUACUAAUAUUUAAGCCUAUUAAUCAAUGAAACAGAAAAAAAAUGUUCCCCAAUUGUUAUGUCGUAAGCCCUUUUUGAGAGUAUUUUUAAAGACUCAUGUACAUAAAAGCAUGUCCAAUCUAUUAAUAUGAAUUUGCUAGCUCCCACGUUGUAUGAAAUGAUUGACAAAUACAAUAGCAUAACUGAAAGAGAAACUUACAUUAUAAAGCCAAUUUCAAAAGCUUAGUUAACUAAUAAUUAAUUAGAUUAUAAUAAGAAUUAGACUUAUUUUAAUGACAUUUUCGAACAUAAUGAAAUUUUUUGUAUAUAGUUUUAAAUUUACAGAUCAUAAUCAAAAUUUAUCAAUCUUGCUUAGCUCGAGUUGCUUUAAGUUACAAGAAUAGAAGAAAAAUAAUUAAAGUAUGAGUGUCUUAAAUCACUUAAUAUAUAGCUUACAAAAUUUUGUGAUUACAGUUCAACUAAAUAAUACGAAACAAUUUAAUUUAAUUUAAAAAAAUAUCUUAACUCUGUCGCAUAAGAUAGUUAAGAAUCAUUAUCAAGUAAUCAAGUCUAGCUUCUGUAACCAACUCCAAAAUAAAUUAAUUAAAAUUCAAACUAAAAAGUAAAAAACUAGGUAAGUUUCUAACAAAAUUUAUAACAAUAAAUAAAUAGCUUUGAUUAAAACCAAUUUUAAUAUGAAGAAGUUUAGCUAUACAUUGACAAAGAAGAAAUUUCUUUAGAUUAGAAUAAUAUAACAAGCAGAAAUUUACUCAAUUAAACUUCAACAUUGAAUGAUUUAGAUAAUUUAUAGUUAAUUUAAAACAUGUCUUCAACUUAAUUAGAAUUAUAAAAGGGAAAAUAUAGUUAAUAAUAAAAUUCUUAAAUAUUAACAAACUCUAUUUUGAAAAAUAAAAAUAAUGAUUUUAAUAUUGAACAAUUAAUAAAUCACCGUUUAUUAACAAAAUAAACUUCUACAGAAUAAUACAGUCCUUUAGCAAAAUAAACCAAAAAGCUAAAAAUUUAAGAAUAAUCAAUAUCCAAUUCAACAAGUAACAAGAUGAUAAGACUUUUUAAAAAUAAUGUUUAAGAUAAGAUUCCUGUCUAAAAUAAAGUCAACGAAUAUGAGCAAAGCGUAAGUUCUAUGAAAACAACAAAUUCAAAAACAAAGAAAGAAGUGAUAAACUCUAUAAAAUCUUAAAAAAGAAUGCUUGGCUUGAGAUUGUUAAAUUAUAUAGGUAUACUAGCCUUAACAACAAUAUUUUUAAUUAAUUUGAUUAACUUUAUUCAACUAUAAAGUUUUCUUAAAAUUUAAAAAACAUCCUUUCAUUACUUAGACUGGAACAGUAAUUUGAGAAUUGCUCUUAGCUCUGUCUUAACAAAUUUUUAUAUAAAUUCUUUGAUAAGUAUAAAACUUUUAAAACCAAAAGACCCAAAAAUGACUACAUAUUAUAUUCAACAAUUUUUAGAUUAAAUGUAAAAUCAAAGAAUUUUUUAUUCCAAUUUAACAAGUCAAUACUCUAGAGGAGAUAAGAAUGAAAUUCAAUCAUUUAGGUAAAUUAUGGAUAGUAACUAUACAUAUAUUCAUGCUUUGUAAUAGGCAAAUUAUAGUACAUAAUUUUCUUUAGGAUACACUUUAAUUAUGUAGAAAAGUUACUUGGAUUAAUUUAGAUUAGUUCCUAAAUAAUAUGAUUUGUAUAGCAUGACAACAAUAUUUUUUAAUUUUUAUGACCUUGAUGACACUUUAAAAUCAAUAUAGGAUAAUUCCUUUGAUGAAUAUAGUGAUGAUAUGAACUAAAUUUUAUUGUAAUAACAAUAAAAUUUAAUAUCGAUUUCACUAAUAACUCUAGCUUGUGCUAUAAGCAUAGUACCUAUUUAUAUAUUUAUCCAAAAAAAAAGAGAAUAAAUCUUGAGAUUAAUGACAAAUAUUUCACCAGAAAAGUUGAGAUAUAUGUUGGAAACAACUAGUAAUUAUUUUAUUUAAAUAGAUUAAGAAUUAGAUUAAAAAGAUAAAUAAAAAAAAAUGAAAAAAAACGUGACUAUUUUGUUAAAAGAAAGUGGAAAGUAUAUCAAAUAAAGUAACUUAAAUAUGUUGUCUAACAUUACAAUUUAAAAAAAGAAAAAUAUUAGCCAAACUUCUAAUUUUGCAAAGAUGAAUUUCCGAAACUUACUUGGAUCUUUGGCAUUUUUUAUCCUGUUGCAGAUUUACUCAUUUUCAAUUUUUAUUAUGAUAAAAAUGUACUCUGAUAAUACAAUAGAUAAUAGAUUAUUUAUGAAUUAAUUGGCAGAAGCUCGUCACUUUCUUUAAAUUUAAGUUGGGUCUUUGUACAUAGGAUUUGUAGCAAAGCUUAACCCAAAAGUUUUACCAAUAUCACCCUAACCUUUGUUUGAUAAAAUAAAAUAAUUAUAAAGCUCUUCAUAAACUUAUUUGAAUAAUAUUUAUAAUUAUUAAAAUAAUUUUUAUGGUCAUUCAAGAUAUAAAUAAGAUAAUUAUAAUUAAUACAUCAUCAAAGCCUUAGAGAAAAACUCUUGCGAUGUAAUAUAAAAUAACCCUCAAUAUUUAAACAGUGAUAUCAAUUUUAAUUAUACUCAAUGCAAGUAAGCUGGUGAUUAAUUGUUAGACUAAGGCCUUGUUUAAAGCUUGAAAACAAUAUUUGUAUUUAAUGGCUAAAUUAGUGAUUUAUAUAAUAUAAAUAAUCCUUUAUAAUUUUAGAAAAAUCUUUAAAUGCUUGAUUCAUCAAACUCAUUAAUAGACUCAACUUUCACAAUUCAGUAAGCAAGUAUAGUUAUUCAGUAACUAAAUUAUUUCUUAGAAUAUAUGACAAACGAACUAUUUGACUAUUUAAUAUAUGUGAAUGUGGCAUUGCUUAUUUCUCAAGUAAGUGCUACUGUAAUAGUCUUGUCCUUAGGAUGGUAUAAAUUUUAUGAGAGAAUAGAAAAGUCUUUACAAAAAACGAAAUAGUUAUUAGAAGUAAUUGAUAUUGAUGUACUAUUAGAAAAUUCUUAUGUGAUUUCUUAUUUUAAAGCAAACAAAUGA